AUGUACGGAACUUCGCGAACUGCACUCAUUCUUGCUGCUGUGGUCCUGGCAGCGGUGGUCUGCGUGAUAACAAUUCCGGUCGUUCUAACACAGGAUAAGCGAGAUUCCGCGGAAGCUGGAGCCCAAGCUCUCGCUACUGAUGACAAGCCGUCGCUUGUGGAAACAAAUGGAGGUUUGUCUGUUGCCGUGCAAGAAUCUGAUCCACCAUCGGACGUGCCAUCACAAGUGCCAUCGGACAAGCCAUCCUUUAUCCCAUCAGACGUUCCUUCGACUAUACCGUCUGACUUUCCGUCUUCCGUCCCGUCGGAUGUACCUUCUGCGGCACCAUCACUUCUUCCACUUAUCACUAUUGAUCCAAAAGCUCCUGCCUUAGGGUCAGACUUUCCAUCUCUUGCACCUUUUUCUUGGAGCACACAAGAGCCUACGGUAGGCCUAUUUCCUGACGUUGCUCUCAUCGUCGAUGAAGUCGAGUCUCCAGACCCUCCAUUCACACCAAUUAACAAGAAGAAGCGACUUCGCAUGAACAACCACUUUCCUCUUUGA